GUUAGAUUGACCUGGUGGCUGUUGUUCGGGCUGUGGGUGCUGAUGGGGAGUGAAGUGCGGUCGCUGGGAGUUGUCGCCGUGUGAUCUUCUCACCCGCACUGUUCACCUUAACAGGUGGUUUGUUUCACUAAGUCAUCUGAAGAUGUCUAUGGACUUUGACAGUGCAACUUUUCCAACCCAGCUUGAAGAUGAAGAGUAUGACAAAGAAGAUUAUGAGCGAGAACAGGAGCUACACCAGUUGUUGAUGACCGGUCUUCCUGAUGAUAUGCUGGAGGACAGCAGAGACAUUUCUUCUCCAGAGCUGAAUUACUCUGGCUGCAGUGCUAAUAACAGAGGAGAGCAAAUCUGGGAACAGAAAGGAGAUUGGAAUGAUCAGGAUGCAAACAACAGUCCAACAGAUAAAGUUAGUUAUUCUGCAGAAAAUCCAGUACAUAAUGGGCAGAACAGAGGCUACAAUGAAAAUGGUGAACAUGAUCAAUACAAAAGGGAUUAUCUCUGCAAAGCUGAAUACGAACAAACGAGAGAUCAUGAACAACAGGUUGAGAGCGAGCCGUAUCUCAAUGGGUGGAAUCAAAACCACAGAAUACAUGAGCAUCAGUACACAUAUAAAAGCAAGGGUUACGAUUUCCCUUGUGUGGAGACUAAUGAGAGUAUCGUUGAAGAGCACUAUGUAAGUGAGAAAAGAUACGAAUCAGAUUAUUGCCAACCACCCAUUUCCUGUUCUCCGUCUGAUUAUCAUGGCUAUGUUAAUGGACCAGUUGAGGAGUUCCAUGACCGAUUGGAGGAAAUGCCCGAGUACCCUCGAAGUGAAAGGGACCAAGCAGAACAUUUACAGCAUUUUAUUACAAAUGAGAAUGCUGAGCUAUACAAAGUGAAAUAUAACCCUUAUCCUGCUGCUCAUCCAUCUCGAGGGCCUUUUGAAACGGAUGAAAUCCAAGGUACAGACAACAGAUUGGAGCAAAAGUUCCUGGAUAGUGGAGAAGGUUCCACGGAAGCCCAUCGGUUUGCACAGUUACAAAUACUUUAUAAUGCACGGGGAAGAAAGUUAGAAGAAAUGCAACACAAACAAGAGGAGUGUGCCCGUGAAAUCAGAUAUUUGAAUCAUCAGCUGGCAAUGACUAAAGGAGAAAAAGAAGGUAUAGCUAUUAGUUAUCAGGAAUUACAGAAGUUACUUCAAGAUGCUAAAGAACGUGAAGUUCAACUGGAAGGCCAAAUUAAAGCAUUGGAGUCCAGAAUUCAAGACCUGAGUGCAAGUGAAGAAGAGGCACUGAAGAAUCAGAAAAUUGCUGAGGCAGCCAUGGAAAGCAUGCAGCAGCAACUAUCAGAACUCAGUCGAUCAGAAUCUCUUACUCGUGCUAGAGAACAACAUGAGAAUAUUGUUGGCGCACUUAAGAAAAACAUGAGGAAAAUUAUCUUGGCAAUGCAGCAGACACUUGAUGCAACUAGUAUCUCUUUGGAAGAAGAGAAAGAGAAUUCUAAACGACUUGAGGAACAAGUAAAGCGGUUACAACGAGAGCAGGAAGAAGCCAAAGUGGAGAAAGCAGACAUAAUUAAUGGUCUGACAAAAAGUUUAGAGGCAAGCCAGCAGCUGUGCAGGGAUUACUGCAAACAGGUUCAAUGCAGGAGAUCACUCAACUUCGGAUCCAACUUCAGCAAGUCCAGUCUACCAGGAAUAAUCAGUGACAACAUGAAUAAAGCUUUACAGGAAGAACUGACUGACUUGAAAGAACAGAUUACUCUGUAUGAAUCUGCUGCUAAGGUCAAUGCCAUCAUUAAAGAAGUACCAGAAGAAGCAGAAGUUCCAUUAUCAGAUUCAUACAUGGGCCUCUGCAUUAAGAAUGAGAACCUGAAAUUGCCCAGGUUACAAAGUUCAAGUUUAUUGUGUCAGGGAGAUUCAGAUAAGACCUUGUGCAAGGAUGAUGUAAUACGAGAACUGAAGACUGAACUGGAAAGAUCACUAAGCAACAUCAGAGCAAAGCGCCAUCAAGUGGCUCAACUUCAGAAUGAAAUGAAAGAAAGUCAAAGAUGUAUAGCUGAUCUGAAGGGAAUGUUACAAAAUGCUGAAAAGUUGGCGAGAAAUCAUGAGGUAAGAGCCAUUUCUUUAGAAAAGCAGCUGGAAACAAUAGGAUCUGCUCCAGAAAAGGCCCUUCGAGACGAAGUUGAGCAGCUACGGUGUGAGACUCGGGCUCUACGUAUAGAAAUUGAGGGUAAGCAACAAGAAAUUGAAAAGCUAACCAGUAGCGAAAAACAGUUUAAAGAAGCAAACCAAGAAUUGUACAAUGAAAUGCGCCAGAUGAUCCAGGAUUUUGAACAGGAUAAGCAAGAGGCAAUUGACAGAUGUGAGCGAAUUCAUCGGCAACUUCAUGAGGAUUCCAAAUGUCGCCUUAAGCAGGAGCUGAUGGAACAGCAUGAAUUGGAGAAAACUCAGCUGACGCAGUUUUAUAAACAGCAGAUCACUCAAGUUAAUACUCAGCUGGAACAGCUGAAUCAAGAAAUGUCAGGAGUGCAGGAGUGUUACAUUACUGUCUGUAAAGAAAAAGACUCCUUGGAGAGCCGGUUAAGGGAGGAAAUGUCCCUCAAGUUAACAACAACAGAACAGGAAUUGAAAAGGACAUUUUUAGAAGAAUUGCAAGAGAGUUUGAAUGAGCUUCAUGAAAAGCACGAGACUGCAAUGGAAACUACAAAACAACAAUGGAUGAGAGAAAAAGAAACCGACAUCAAGUUGCAAGUUGAGAGCCAGUUAGAGCUAGCCAAAGCACAGUGGCAAGAAGAACAACAAAAAGUUACAGAACAAGCAAUAUGUGCAGUUGAAACAGAGUGGCAGCUUUGUCUCCAUAUGGCUGUACAGCAAAAGACUUCAAAGAGAGAGGAAAUUUGUCAAAAUAAGGAAUCCAUUGACAGAGAGUUUUAUACCUGCCAAGAGUUAGAAGCUCCACUUGCAAACCUAAAGCUGGCAAUGGAGCAGCAAGCUAAGGAGGAAAAAAUUGUGGUGGUUGGCAAGGCAUUACAGAAACUUGAACUAGAACUGCAGAAAAAGCAUGAAGAUAAUGUGGCCAGACAAGUUGAAAUAGCAUUAACAAAAGCUCAUGAACGUUGGUUGGAAGAAUUGACUAACCUGCCUGAGUACAGAGCUAAUUUACACAUUGUGGAACUGAAAUGGGAGAGAAAGCAUGAAGAAGGUGUAGCAACACAGAUUGCAGCAGUAGUGAGAGAAAAUGAGGAGAAAUGGAAGAAAUAUGCAUUGGAAGAAAUUGAGAAAGCUGGAUCUAGCAUUAAAGUUGCAGAAUUGCAAGAAAAAAUAGAUAUUCUUGAACGUGAAUUAGAACUUCAGAAAGAAGAAGCAUCAGCGGUUAUUAAAACUGAACUAGCCAAAGUUCAAGCCCAAUGGAAUAAGGAAAAACAAGAAGAGAUCAACAGAAUUCAUGAGUUAAAUGAGAAUGAUUAUCGAACCUUCUUAGAUGAGCAUAGAAAUAAACUUAAUGAAGUUCUUAAAGCAGCUAAGGAGGACUUUACAAGGCAGAGAAACGAGCUACUUGCACAAAAGGAUGCAGAAUUAAAUCUGUGUAUCCUGGAGAAACAAAAGGAAUGGUCAGCUCACCAAGAGGAGCAGAUUAAGCAUGUAAAACAGCAGUAUGAAUCUGAGCUUGUUGCUGAAAUUGAGCUUUAUCUGAGGCAGAUCUCAAAACAUUUUGUUAUAAAAUCUGAGACUGCCUAUUUUAGAAUAGAGGAAUAUUGUAACCGCAUCAAGCCCAUACCUGCACAGAUUGAUAAGGUGAAGGGCCGGCUCCAAAAAGUUUGUAUGAAACUGGUUCAAGAGAUCCUAGAGACUGUACACAAAGAGGAGAAUAAAUUGGAUCUGCAAAAUACAUUAAGAGAAAUAGAAAAGCAACAUAAAGAAUAUAAAACUGAAAAGGAGGCACAGCUCAGGAAACUUGAGUUAUCAGAAUUUCAGCUCAAACAAGAACUAGAUCAUUUGCAGUACAAGUUGAACACCACCACCCAGCAGAAGGAAAUCAAAUGCGAUCAAGUUUCUGGAAAGCAAAACUUAAAUCCUGAAUAUCAGCCAUGUGAGAAACAAAGCAACCUGCAGGUAAAGAAAUUGCAACAAGAAUGUCAGCAGCUCAAGGAAAAGCUGGAUAAAAUGGGUCAGCAGCUUCAGCUCACUGUUGAUGAACACAAAAUCGAUGUACGACACCUUAAAGAAGAACAUGAAAGAACAAUAAAGCUCAUGCAAAAUGAAAAGGAUGAUCUUUUGAAAAGAUUGAAAGAAAACAAAUCAAUCACUAUUAAAACAAAUUCUAGUUUACAGCAAAAGUGGAGUUCUAAAAAUUCAUCAAAGUUGAUCUCUACAAAAGGAUUGGAAGAAAUUCGUCAUCAGUAUUUGAGGGCUGUGGACAAAAUUAGAGAAGAUAUGCUGUGCUACAUUCAGGAGAGCAAGGUACGAGCAGCUGAAAUGAUUCGUGCAGAAGUAUUAAGAGAACGUCAACAGACUGCACGAAAAAUGCGGAAGUACUAUUUGACCUGUCUCCAUCAACUCCUGGCUGAUGGUGGAAAGAAUGAAGGUGCUGAAAAGAGGAUCAUGAAUGCUGCUAGCAAAUUGGCUGCAAUAGCCAAAGCUAUAGAAACACCUCUUCCAAAUCGAAAGCGUGAUAAAGCUGAAAUCCACCCUGAAAAUAAUCCCAGCUAUUUCAAGAUUACACACUGAACAAGUGCAAGAAGUUUCGGAAACUGUCCCUGCAACAAAUAACAGGGACCAGUUGGGCACAAGGACAGAGACAGGUAUCUUGUACCUAACUAAAGACUGUAUUCAAAAGAAGCAUCCAUCAUCCAUGCCGCA